CGUAGCCGCAUAGGCGCCUGGGGUUAUUAUACUUGGUACUCAUGUUUUAAUAUUUUCCACUGGGUGGCAGUAUAACAUUACAACCAAAGGCAGCGUUGGACAGUAGCUGAGGAUUCAGGUGCAUUAUAUGUAUGUAUACAUAACUCAGUCGUUAUAUAGAAAUCCUUUUGCUAAUAGAUGUCUCUUUGUUUCAGUUUAUUUACAAGACGUUUAGAUGAAUCUGCAGCAUGCAGGGCUGCCUCAAGGUCUAGUAGCCAAAAGCCAUAUAUUAACAACCGGUAACAUCUCCAAGGUGUCCUAAUUAAUGCAGAACAAACAAAAAUUGGAUUAUUUUGCUAUCGCCCUUCUCUCAAUGCAUAACAAUGUAUUUUUGGUGUUUUGUAUAGAAUAUUUUUCAGUUGUGGGUGAACUAUAUAUAUCAUACUACAGCUCAAGUUAACCAUGUGUAAUAAUCGAAAUAUAUGCUUAAUCUGACAAUUUGUGCAGAAUUAGAUUAGGUUGAAGUUUGGCAGUGAGUUGGAUAUGUAGUCGAAUUAGAAGCCUAUAAAACUAGGAGCGGGACUUCCCCCCGAAACUGGUGCCAAACAUCAAAUUGAGGGCGCUUCAGUGCAAACUCCUGGGCUGUUUUCUGCCAGUCCGCCCCUGGAUAAGAGAGCUGGCACGUCGUAAGCCUACUAGUCACUUCCCCAACUGCGAAGGUAAACGGCGAUGAGCUUCAGUAGAUCGGUGGCCGAACGAACUGCAUUUACCAGAAUUCCCUAGCCAAACAUUUGGCGGGCGGGGGUGAGGGAAAUGAAUUUUUAUCUGUAUAAAUACCCGAUUGUGUGUGUGUAUAUAUAUAUGAUUUAUUGAUUCCACAUUCUAGUAAAUUAUGCAAUGUAAAAUGGCGCAUAGUUGACAAACAGAAUUGUUGUCGAAUGUACCAUGUGUCAUAGCUGUAGUUUAUGAUAUAGACUACAUUUACCACAAUCCUAUGCCUCUGCGUCAUCCUUCACUACUGUGUUCGUUCGUGCGUGCGUUUGUGUUGGGGGGGGAAAAGGACUUCGUGUAACUACAGCGAUGUCAGUCCAGGUUGUGUCAGCGAAAAUGGCCGAGGCGGACCUGCAAGCCAGUUCCAGCAAAGAGCUCAAAGCUGUACCUCCGGGAAUGCCCCAGUCGGAGGAGAAAAGGGUGCUUAGAAACGAGCCUAAGGCUGCAGCUGCUACCUCACCGGUGGGUUCGUCGACGGAGGUUAUAGCGAAAGGGGACCCCAGCCAUUCCCCGACCCCCAGCCCGGACCUCCCGAAGAUGCAGGCAUCGGCUAUGAGGCGAACAGACGCGCGGCAAAACGGAGACUCCCUCCUGAACAGCGACGGCACCGUCGCCGAAGCUCCGAGGACGAAGAAGAUUCAGUUUGCCGACCAGAAACAGGAGUUCAACAAGAGGCCCACGAAGAUUGGGCGGCGCUCACUGUCCCGGUCCAUCUCACAGUCCUCCACAGAUAGCUACAGCUCAGCUGCCUCCUACACAGACAGCUCUGAUGAUGAGACGUCUCCGCGGGACAAGCAGCAGAAGAACUCCAAGGGCAGCGCAGACUUCUGCAUCAAGAAUAUCAAACAGGCCGACUUCGGGCGCCGGGAGAUCGAGAUUGCAGAGCAAGAGAUGCCGGCUCUGACGGCUCUUCGCAAGAGAGCCCAGGGUGAAAAGCCUCUGGCAGGAGCCAAGGUGGUGGGCUGCACCCACAUCACCGCCCAGACUGCUGUGCUGAUGGAGACUCUCUCGGCUCUGGGAGCUCAGUGCCGCUGGGCUGCCUGCAACAUCUACUCUACCCAGAACGAGGUAGCUGCUGCUCUGGCUGAGGCAGGGAUCUCAGUGUUCGCAUGGAAGGGCGAGUCGGAGGACGACUUUUGGUGGUGCAUCGAUCGCUGUGUCAACCUGGAGGGCUGGCAGCCCAACAUGAUCCUGGAUGACGGGGGCGACUUGACCCACUGGAUCUACAAGAAGUACCCCAGUAUGUUUAAGAAAAUCAAGGGAAUCGUGGAAGAGAGCGUCACUGGAGUUCACAGGCUGUACCAGCUGUCUAAGGCCGGCAAAUUGUGUGUUCCUGCAAUGAACGUCAACGACUCGGUGACAAAGCAGAAAUUUGACAACCUGUACUGCUGCCGGGAGUCCAUCCUGGAUGGGCUGAAGCGGACCACAGAUGUGAUGUUUGGCGGGAAACAGGUGGUGGUGUGUGGAUAUGGAGAGGUCGGCAAGGGCUGUACGGCUGCUCUGAAAGCCAUGGGUGCCGUCGUGUACGUGACUGAGAUCGACCCCAUCUGUGCUCUGCAGGCCUGCAUGGAUGGCUUCCGACUGGUGAAGCUGAAUGAGGUCAUCAGACAAGUGGACAUUGUCAUCACCUGCACAGGCAAUAAGAACGUGGUGGUCCGGGAAUACCUGGACCGCAUGAAGAGUGGCUGUAUCGUGUGCAACAUGGGCCACUCCAACACAGAGAUCGACGUGGCCAGCCUACGUACCCCUGAGCUCACCUGGGAGCGUGUGAGGUCACAGGUGGACCAUGUCAUCUGGCCCGACGGCAAAAGGAUUGUGCUGCUAGCUGAGGGCCGUCUUCUGAACCUUAGCUGCUCCACAGUGCCCACGUUCGUGCUGUCCAUUACUGCUACCACUCAGGCUCUGGCGCUGAUUGAGCUUUUUAACGCCCCCGAGGGCCGCUACAAGCAGGACGUCUAUCUGCUGCCCAAGAAAAUGGACGAGUAUGUAGCCAGUCUUCACCUUCCUGCGUUCGACGCCCACUUGACAGAGCUGAGUGAUGAGCAAGCGAAGUAUCUGGGGCUGAACAAAAACGGCCCUUUUAAGCCAAACUACUACAGGUAUUAAACCUGAGGGCACCGGGGGGGCACUGAAGAAGCCCUAGACAUGUGGAGCCCCCCCCCCCCCCCACCCCC